UGUUUUUGGAAUGGUGAGGUCUUUCUAACGUAGCAUCAUGCAAUUUUAGAUAACUUUUCUAUGAUUUUUACGCUUUCUCUCAUACGUUCGUCCUAAGUAUGGCGUCUGACGCAAAAAACAGACUUCACGGCUUCAAGAACAAAGGCAAAGAUCAAGAUGAAAUGCGAAGAAGGAGAAAUGAGGUGACGGUUGAGCUGAGAAAAAAUAAGCGCGAAGAAACACUCUUGAAACGUAGAAAUGUGCCCAUCACAGAUUUCACAGGAGAUGAUGAUGAUGAUGCUAAAAAUCUCUCUAAAGUUGACUUGUCAAAGCUCAUCAUGGAAGCCAGCAAUGAUGCAGAUCCGGUGACACAGUUGAAUGCCGUUCAGUCGGCACGAAAACUCCUUUCGUCCGAUAAGAAUCCUCCAAUUGACAUUUUAAUAGCAAGUAACAUACUCCCAGUUCUUGUACAUUGUCUGGAAAUCAGUGACAACCCUGGCUUGCAGUUUGAAGCAGCAUGGGCUCUUACUAACAUUGCCAGUGGAACAUCUGCUCAGACGCAAGCAGUCGUUGCAGCCGGAGCAGUCCCAGUAUUCCUUCAACUUCUACACUCACAACAUGACACUGUCUGUGAACAAGCUGUUUGGGCUUUAGGUAACAUAAUAGGAGAUGGACCUGUCUUGAGGGAUUAUGUCAUUAAGUUAGGAGUCAUACCACCUCUACUUUCGUUUAUCAAACCAGAAAUUCCCUUAUCAUUUAUGAGAAAUGUCACCUGGGUAAUAGUUAACCUAUGUCGCAACAAAGACCCUCCUCUACCAAAAAAUACAAUCAUGGAAAUUUUACCUGCACUCAAUAUGCUUAUUCAUCAUAACGAUAAUAAUAUUCUUGUUGACACCGUUUGGGCGCUUAGCUAUUUGACAGAUGGUCAAAACGAUCAAAUUCAACUAGUUAUCGAUUCUGGCAUCGUCCCGAAACUUGUGGCUCUUCUCUCCCACAAGGAGUCAAAAGUGCAGACGGCGGCUUUACGAGCAGUUGGCAACAUUGUCACUGGUUCAGACGAACAAACCCAAGUUGUUUUGAAUUGUGAUGCACUGGCUCAUUUCCCUGCUCUGUUGACUCACCACAAGGAAAAAAUUUGUAAAGAAGCUGUGUGGUUCUUAUCAAACAUUACUGCCGGAAACCGCAAGCAAGUGCAGGCUGUCAUAGAUGCUGGAUUAUUGCCUAAAAUUAUUGACAAUUUAGCAAAGGGAGAAUUUCAGACUCAAAAAGAAGCUGCUUGGGCGAUUAGUAAUUUCACCAUUAGCGGAGACAAGAAUCAGAUAGCUCGCCUUAUCCAAGAAAACGUAGUACCCCCAUUCUGUAACCUACUUGGCUGUAAGGAUCCGCAAGUAACACAGGUCGUUUUGGAUGGGAUCCAGAAUAUGCUUAAAGCAACAACCUCCUUCCAGGAGCGCGAAGCGUUGGCUGACAAGAUAGAGGAGUGCGGUGGCUUGGACAAAAUAGAACAGCUCCAGAAUGAUCCAAACGAAGACAUUUAUAAAUUAGCCUAUGAUAUAAUUGAAAAAUUCUUCUCUGACCAGGUCGAAGAUGACUCAACAAUAGCACCAGAGGCAACAGAAGCUGGGUACCAGUUUGAUCCUAGUUUAAAUAUACCAAAUGAAGGAUUUAAAUUUUAAAGUAGAAAGAUCACAGGCAAGUUUUAUUUUCGUAUAAUUUAAUCAUCAGUCUCCACUUUCUCAACUCAAAAUUACAUCUCAAAGAGUUUUUAGCUUUGCUCACACUUCUUACAAAAGUGUUUCCUUCGAUUGUGAAGUUCUACGACUGGUUCUUUUGAAUAUAGAGAAACGCUUUCUCCUACCAUACUGAUGUAAUAAGUGUAAAGUCUUACCCCUUUCAUGUUUUCUUCCACUUUAAAAAUAAUUUGUAGGUUGUAAAAACGACACUGUUAAACAAUAUAGUUCACAAUGCAAGGCUUCUAACUGAACCUUAAUUCUUUCCCCCCCCCCUCCCCUCACUGUAAUUUUGACAUGCUAUGCACUCAAAGACUUAAGGAGCAUACUGACAUCUUAAAUGUAAAACCAAGCAUGACUGGUCACUGUAAAUUAGCAACAAAAGCCUCUUUAGGCAGCACAAAAACCACCCGUGCUUCUAAAAUUUAGAAAUAUCCCUCGUUAUAAACUGUUCCUGAUUGUGGUAAACUCUUUUUCACUAUUUUUUAUUGCUAUAAAAUAGUAUUCGGACCACUUACCUUGAUGAGUACUGUAGAACCAUGGAAUUUCCGCAAAAUUUCACAUUAUUGAAGAGAACAGGAAAAAGCUUCAUUAAAAAAGACUGAUGAAACCUAGCUCUUUCUCUCAGGAGCUGGAAUCUUUGUGGUUUUACUAAUUAAUGAGGCAGAUUCAGCCCCUGCUAAAGCCGUUCAUGUCAAAUUCUCUCAUCGCAGUAGGCAACGCCUUCUUUGGAGUUAAUUUGCAAAUUUUUUUUCUUUUAAAAGUUGAGAAGUUUUUCAAUGCCAUACAGAAUAGUGAUCCUUUUCUUAAUUGGAAUCUCAAUGGAAAUUUUAAGCUCUAGUUUCCAGACUGAGCAAUUUUUAUAUCAAAUCUCAUUGAUAACCGAGCAAUCACCCCUCUAGUAAAUGUUUUCUGACUAUUAAUUGUUAUCUUCCGAUUCGAUAGCGGUAUUGAUGACAAGCUCAGUACUCAGCAAAAUUAACAAUCUAUGUAUU